AUGGAAAGGCUGGUUGUCUAUCUACUGGUUAUUAGCACAGCCGUGAAGGCCAUGAUGUGUCCCAAAAGAUGCAUGUGUCAAAACCUGUCUCCAUCCUUCACAAUUCUCUGUACGAAGACGGGGCUUCUCUUUGUGCCCCCCAGUAUUGACAGGAGGACAGCCGAACUAAGGUUAAUGGAUAACUUUAUUACUACACUUAGGAGAAAAGAUUUUGCAAACAUGACUAAUCUAAUUCAUUUGACACUAUCAAGGAAUACAAUAAGUCAAAUCAUGCCUUAUGCAUUUUUUGAUCUUAAAGGCCUUCACGCCUUACACUUGGAUAGUAAUAGACUGACCUACAUCAAUGAAGAUCAUUUCAAAGGUUUAAUUAACCUUCGACAUUUAAUACUCAGUAACAAUCAAUUAAACUAUAUCUCUCCUGGGUCGUUGGAUGACUUUAUUGAAACAAUUGAAGACCUGGAUCUGUCCUACAACAAUCUUGUUAACGUUCCUUGGGAAACAAUUGCCAAACUUUCUAAUGUCAAUACAGUCAGUUUGGAUCAUAAUCUCAUUGAGUUUGUGCCAGAGGGAAUCUUCUCAAACCUUCACAAACUUGCCCGUCUAGACAUGACCUCCAACAAGUUGAAAAAGAUCCCUCCUGACCCUUUGUUUUCCAGAAUACCAGUGUAUGCCAAGUCUAAAGGAUCUCCGCUCUCAUCCCUUGUGCUUAGCUUUGGAGGGAAUCCUUUGCACUGCAACUGUGAACUCGUGUGGCUGAGACGUCUCACCAGAGAAGAUGAUCUAGAAACCUGCGCCUCUCCACCAGAACUGAUGGGCAAAUACUUUUGGUCUAUUAAAGAGGAGGAAUUUGUCUGUGAACCCCCAAUGAUAACGCAUCGAACCCCAAAACUAACAGUGACGGAAGGCCAAAGUGUCUCUUUGAAGUGCAAAGCUGUUGGCGAUCCAGAUCCCUACGUUCGCUGGAUCUCACCUGAUGGGAAGCUGGUCUCUAACACGUCCAGGACGAUUUCUUAUGAGAAUGGUACUCUGGAUAUUUUGGUUACUUCUUUGACUGACAAGGGCACGUUCACCUGCAUAGCAUCAAAUGCUGCGGGAGAGUCGACGGCUCCAGUUGAACUCCUCGUUACCCCGUACCCUAACCUUGCUAACAGCACCAACUGCGAUAAAGAUGCGGAGCCUGGCCCCUCAGAUAUUCUCAUAUCUGCCAAGUCCAGCUUUCCAAACGAAACGAAGGCUCAGCAAGAGAAGGUGGUCGUGGUUGCUGAGCUGACAUCAUCUUCUGCUCUUAUCCAGUGGCCUUCUCAGCAUCACCUCCCUGGGAUUCGAAUGUACCAGAUUCAGUAUAACAGUUCUGCUGACGACAUACUAGUGUACAGGAUGAUUCCAGCUGCUAGUAAAUCCUUCUUCUUGACUGAUCUGGUUGCAGGACGUGAGUACGACCUCUGUGUUCUUGCUGUUUAUGAUGACGGAUUGACAUCUUUGACCGCAACCAGAGUGAUCGGAUGCGUGCAGUUUACAACCCAGGAAGAAUACAAACAGUGCCGAUCCCUUCACGCGCAGUUUCUUGGAGGAACCAUGAUCAUCAUUAUUGGGGGUAUCAUUGUGGCUUCGGUUCUUGUUUUCAUCUUCAUUCUCCUCAUGAAAUAUAAAGUCUACAACAACCACCACAAAAAUAAAACUACUAAAGUUAAUAAUGUCUGCUCUCAAACCAAUGGAAGCCAAAGUGGCUCGAUGGCUCGAUCCACUUCUAAACUUGCAGAGAGGCGGGAAAGUUUGCACCAGGAAUGCUCGGGCUCUUCCAUCAAAGGAAAAACUGUUGUAGAUUUGGAUUGUGAAAAAGUGACUCCAACCAACACAACCUUUUUAACAACGGAUCCGUUAUCUUAA